GUCCUCUCCACUCCAACUCCAACCCGACCGGACAGGCGAAAACGCAAUACGAUAACGCAACUGCAAGAGGAGAUGGCGGCGAGGAGCGAGAACGACUCGGACGGCGACGAGGGCACCAACCCAACCGGCGCCGGGGGAGGCUUCUCUCCACCACCUCUAGCUGCCGCCCCAGUCGUAUGCGUUCUCCGGUCCGCCGGAGACUUUGCCGGCGGCGCUUUCGUCGGAUCUAUCUUCGGAUAUGGACAGGGUUUGAUAACUAAGAAGGGCUUCAAGGGCUCGUUCAGCAAUGCAGGGUCUUCUGCCAAAAGUUUUGCAGUUCUUUCUGGCGUCCAGAGUUUGGUUUUGUGCUUGUUGAGAAAGCUUCGUGGAAAAGAUGAUAUUGUCAAUUCUGGCAUUGCUGGCUGUUGCACCGGCCUUGCUUUGAGUUUUCCAGGAACACCUCAAGCGCUGCUUCAGAACUGUGCCACCUUUGCAGCAUUCUCAUGCAUCAUGGAGGGGCUUAACAAGCAGCAGGCAAUGGCACAGACACUCGAUGGGAAUGCGCUGAACUUUACGCUUGGCAAAGGCGGUGUUCUCCCCCCUUUCACCCUUCCACCAAUUCUCGAUGCAUCAGACGCGUUGGCUUCAUGCUGCCAGGCCUUGGUAAAGCGCAAGAACUAGACAGCAGCACCGGGAGAGAGAUGAUGAGGAAACCUAGCUCCAGUAUGGCAGUAUUUCCUAGCGUUUGUAAAUUUUGACUUUGGAUGCGUCCAAAACCUAGUUGAUUUGCUUUGUGGCCAGCUUUUUCUUGCUGCACUCUGUGUGGCAUGAGCUUGCUUAAUUAUGUCAUGGAUAGAUUUUGUUGACGUGGCAGAUAAAAGCCAUGAAAAAAAUCAUUUACUUUCUCCGUCCAACAAAGGAUGUCUCAACUUUGACUAAAUUUGAAUGCAUCUAUACAUUAAGUCAUGUCUAGAUACAUCCAAAUUUUGACAAACUUGAGACAUCUUUUGUUGGACGGAGGAAGUACAUGGUUUAGCUGUUGUGCACUUUGCAUGUGUUAUUCUGUUCGCAUCUAAGGUAUGGUUUUGUUAGCAGUUCUGGAUUUCUGCACUUUGCGUGUGUAUCAUUCUGGUUCUUCUUUACGGGCUAUAAUAUAAGUGUAGAGCUGCCCCA